UUCUUCUUUGUCUCGUUCUCUCCCUCCCUCUCUCUCUCUCCUUCUCUUGUAUUAGCUUUACUUUUGCAUCCACUAAAUAUAAGAAAUAUGAAAGUGAGCGUUUACCUCCUUGCAGUGAAACUGAUCGCUCUCUCUUUCUCCCUUUCAAGCAGCAAAGUAUGCUCCAAGAACAAGACAACAUUUCGUUCGAAGCUUAAGGGUACAACCGAAGGAGCUUUUGUUAAAAGCAUUCUUAUUAAAUUGCUUACAGCUAUCCUAGUUGUUGAUCACACAAGCCAAUCAGUAUAUACUGAAUUCCCUAUUUUCGAAUUUACUACACUUGUUGGAACUUCUAGAACAUGAUCAAUAGCUGUUGUUGCUAUUUAAAGUUUAAUUUACAACAAUUAGUAUUCUCUGGUUCUCAAGCUUAUAACUAUUGUAUUCCC